AUGGGUUCCGUUUCAUCUCCGACCAAACAAAAACAAAUCUAUCUUUCAUUUUGCGGCAGAGAUCCAGCCGCAAGAACCAACAUAUCAAACUGGAUAGAGCGUUACGACCCAUCUACCAAUUACUGGGAUCGAAUCACCGAAAUCCCAGGAUUACUUCCCAACGAAAUAAGGAAAUGUUUCGCCAUGGUUUCCUUGGCCGAUUCCAUCUUCAUAAUCGGUGGAUUGAAAUGCAGUAAAGUUAUACUCCAAGAACCAGAUGGUAUUGCUUUACUACCUCUACAAGUCCUUACCUGCGUUCUGCGUUUCAACAUCACCACCAAAACAUGGACCCAUUGUUCUCCAUUAUCAAACGCUCGAUUCGACUUCGCCUGUUCCGUCAUCGACGGAAAAAUCUUCGUCGCCGGCGGACAAUCCAGAAUCGGUUUCGCCAGAGGAAUUUCGUCCGCCGAAUUUUACGACCCUAUCAAAGAUGAAUGGAAACCAAUGCCGGCGAUGAACGCGACGAGAUAUAAAUGUGCAGGUGUGACUCUACAAGGAAAAUUCCAUGUCUUUGGUGGGUUUGCUCAGAGAGUUGAUGGGCAGACAUCGUCGGGUCCUUUCACGAUGGAUCGAAGUUCGGGUGAAGUGUAUAACGCUGAAGAUGAAACGUGGACGUUUGAAUCGAGAAUGUGGGAAUUGGAUGUUCCUCCUUAUCAAAUAGUGGCGAUUGGAUUGAAAUUGUUUAGCCCCGGCGAUUGUUUGAAAGCUUGGAAGGGACAUUUUGAAGUUUAUGAUGAGAAACUUAGGAUAUGGGAAGCUGUUGAUGGGUCUCAUUUGCAGCCGUUUUCUUCUCCGGUGACUCCAUAUGGGGACUGGCCGCCGAUUGAACAUAAGUAUUUAACGAUAGCUCCGAUUGGGACCCAGUUGUACUUGCUGACUGGAUAUAGGACACCUGGAGAGAUACCAAGGCUGACGUCGGCUGUCCACAUGUUUGACACGUCGGAAGAUGGGAAUGGGUGGACUAGUUUUGAACCGGUUUGUGAGGAAGGGGAGAAAGAGAUUUGCUGCCAUUGUUGUGUUGUGGACAACUAA